CACAAAAAAAAAAUAAGUUUACAUUGACACAGAAAUUAUUUUCGAGUUCUUAAAGAUUGUACACAUAAUUAAUAAUUAUUUUUUAUUGUACCAAAUUUUUGUUUCUCUUCUGGAAAAAUGAUUUUUAAACUGUUGAUUUUAUUACUUAACACCGGAAUAUUGGUACAUUCCGAGAGGUUUGUAGUCAACGUUGAAAAAUUUAACAAACGAUACAAUAUGUUUUACGGAUGGGAUUUAGAAAUUUCCAACACUCAAAUGUGGUCUACAUGUUACGGUACAUUUAUCGCACCGCGGGUAUACAUCACUGAUCCUAUAUGUCUCGAACGGGUUCCUAAUAUUACUGACAGUUAUAUCAGCAAAGAAGUCCACGGUAGAGAAAAAAGUAAGAGAAUAAAUUUCAAUGUCAGUAACAUAUACUACGGUGAAGACUUAGAUGAAACUUUCAAUGAGAAUAAACGUAAACUAGCAGUAGUUAUAACUAAUGAAGCAGUUGAACCCGAACAAGAUAAAAAUGGAUACGUGAAAAUAAAUUCAAAUCUUGAUGAUAUUAAUACAGACCAGUGUUUCGUACCGUAUUAUGAUGGUUGGAAUAUAUCAUUUACUCAAUGUGAGUAUGUGUACGUUGGCAAUCGUUAUGGAAAUCCUGCUAAUGUUUACUGUCUUAGCACCAACAAUGUUUGGGGUUAUGGAAGUGGACUGUUUUGUUCCUUGAAAUCAAAUCUCCAAGCCCGUGUUUUAGUUGGAAUCGUAGCAGGAGAAAACGAUUAUGUGUAUUCAUUCUGGCGCGACACGCUAUUUUACGUGGCAGCUGUUGAAAAUGUUAGCGGAUUAGAUGAUGUUAUUGAUAAAAAGUUUACCGAUGUGUUAGACUCUGGUGAUGAAGUUGAAAUCCAUGGCUUGAAACGUCUUUAAUUAGUUGAAUCGGUUUUUCAGAUCUGACGGUUCUUAAAAACACCGAAAUGAUAAAUUAAUUUCUUCAAGAAAUUCAAAUGAUUUAAAAUAAUAAUCUAAAAUAUCAAUGAAAGAAAAAUGAUUUAUAAUUGAUAUUAAAAUAAAUCACCAAUUUAAAAAUAA